AUGGCCCCUCAAGAGAAGAAGUGGGAUGAUGCUGCCGAGCGUGACCUCUGCAUCUCCAUGAUUUACUGCAACGCGGAGUCCGGCAAGGUCCGUCAGAACUGGCCUCGUGUUGAAGAAGUUAUGAAAGGUCUGGGAUACACGUUUACCAAAGAUGCCAUGUCCCAACACUACUCCAAAACCAUCAUGAAGGACUUCAAAGCUCGCCACCCUGAUAUCACUGCUACCAGUCUCACCGAGACUCCCUCGCCUGCUAGUGCUCGCAAGACCAAGGCAGCUGCUGCGAAAGCUGAUGGCGCCAGCACCCCUUCCAAGAAGCGAACCAAGAAGCCCGCCGCCGUGGCCCCAAAGGAUGAAGACGGAGAUGACGAUACUGAGCUUGAUGCGACUCCGUCUAAGAGAGCCAAGAAGGAAGGAAAGACGACUCCUGUUAAGAAGGAAGAAAAGGCAGCCCCUGUCAAGGACGAAGAAGAAGCUGCUGAUGCUACCACUGAGGCUGCCGACGAUGAGAAGGAUAAGGCUUUCCAGGACUGGGCUGCCAAAGGCCCCUCCGAGGAAGAGUAG